AUGGAUGAGGUCAAGAUUCUCAAGAUUGUCAACGUACAGGCAUUACUUGUCCUUCUUUUUACUUGUUUUCUAGAGCCCGUCGAAUAUUCAGAUUUUGAAGUCCUACUCCAUGUACCAGUUCCUAUGUAUAACUUAGGGUCUUUAGGAUGGGUAGAUUAUUAUCAGAAAAAAGUCGCUUUAUUACUUGAGAUUUGCAAACUUCAGGUUGUGGUAUCUCUUAUGGCUGAGUGA